GCGACGACCGAGGGGAGCGGGAGAGGAAAACAAGCAGGAACAUGACGCGCGGACGACUGUCAACAGUUAAGCUGCUGCUUAAUCAAAGAUACCAGAAAAGAGAUUAAUCACAAAACGGCAUGCGUACAAGUUUGGAUAUUACCAACUCUAGCGUGGAAUGAACGAGGAAGAAUUAUUAAAACGGUCUGCUGCAGAACGGGAUAGAAUAUUCAGCUGCUAUGACCGUGGUAGGGAGAAUGGCGCAGAAAUUGAUCCUUGGGAGGAUCCUGCCUACGAGGUCUAUCAUACCACGGAUAGAUAUGGAUUCAUACAUGAUAAGCGGUUACCACAGAAAAUGGAUCAGAAUGAAAUUAAACUUCAUCAUGUUGAGAUGGAGAGGGUAAAAAAGUGGGAUAAAAUGAAUAAGCAUUGGGAUACGACUGCAACAAAGGAAAAAUUGAGACGUAGAAUUUAUAAGGGCAUACCCGAUAGGUUUAGAGGUGAAAUUUGGAUUCGUCUCUUAGGUAUUACAAAGUUAAAACAUGAAAAAGUGGGAAAGUACGAGGAGAUGUUAUCUCUUGCCCGUCAGUGGUCUACCGAGAUUAGACAAAUUGAUGCCGAUGUGGCUAGACAAUAUAGGGAUCACAUUAAUUAUAGGGAAAGGUAUAGUCUCAAACAGAGAUCCAUGUUCUAUGUCUUGGCAGCUUAUAGUAUGUAUAAUAUGGAAGUUGGAUAUUGCCAAGGCAUGUCUGUAUUGGCGGGACUACUCUUGUUGUACAUGGACGAGGAAGAAGCAUUUUGGGGAUUAUCCGUUUUACUCGCCGAUAAGAAAUACAGUAUGCAUGGAUUUUACGUAGAUGGUUUUCCGAAGCUGAAUCGCUUCAUAGAACACCAUGACAAAAUAAUGACCAAGUUCCUUCCAAAAUUGAAACGUAAACUGGAUAAGUGCGGCUGUGACUCUAUACUUUACGCAUUAAAGUGGUUUUUCGUUGUAUUUCAAGAAAGAACACCAGUAAGUCUCGGUCUACGUAUAUGGGAUAUAUUUCUCUUAGAAGGCGAUCGGAUAUUAUCCGCAAUCGCAUACACGGUGAUGAAAAUGCAUAAGCGUCAGUUGAUGACAAUGGAGAGCCUCGAUGAGUUUUGCAAUUAUCUGCAAAUAAAGCUCGAAAAGGACUUUGGAUAUGACGAUGAUACGGUCAUCAACACCGUGGAGCGCAGCAUAGACGAGUUGAAGCGUUCCAAGCUCGACUAUCCAGGUCCGCCAUUGCCACACGAGAUUCCGCGACAGCCCUUUGGCACCUUCAAGGAGCCCACAUUCACGAGCAAGGUGGGAAGAAGGGCGGACGAGUUCAGUGAGGCCCAGCAGCUGAUGCGCGAGUCCGUGGUUCAACGACGUCAGACGGUUGUGAUAGAAGAGGAGAGCCGCGAGAGUAGCGCGACUCCAACCGAAAUGGCGAUGGCGAACAAUUGCGGCGCCAAUAGCAGCCUCGGUGGAAGCAAGUUCUCGUUCGACCCGAGUCUGGCCGACGGCUGCUGCGCCUCGCCCCACGGCUCGCGGCGCUCCCUCGCCGACACGUCCGUCACCUCGACGGCCGACCUCUCGGUGUUCAGCUCGGCUACGCGCAGCCAGGCCCUCGACAACAGCCUCGACACCCAGUCGAACGUGAGCGUCGGCAGCUCGGGGAGCGGCGGCCUCCCAACGCCCCGGGCCUCAUCCCAUCAGCCGAGCCCCGACAUCGUGCGCAUUUACGUGCCCUACGGAUUGCCGCCCGGACCUACCUACAAGGACGAGCUCCCGAGGACGCUACCACGCUCCCUCGAAACCAACAAGAUCAGGAUCAAGGUCGACCCCGAUCAGACGCCCAUCGUUGAGAGCCUGAAACCUUUUGUCCUCGAGAGCCCGGAGCUCGAGCUCGAGCUCGACCUCAAGUAGCCCAUUUACGUUUUUGCGCUUCCGUAUUUAUAGUAUAUCUUCCUCUUUAUGGGAUGCUGUGGCAGCUUCGGUGUCAUUGAUUUUACACUGCUGCGCCCAUCACCUGCGGAUAUGAAAAUCAUCCGAAUGACGGUGAUGUCGGCGUCAUGGAUUUGACAGGAGCUUUGUCGAUUGCUUUUGGGUUGUAGCGAGCGAUUUUUCGAUCUUCGUUACUCGUGAUAGGCAUCGGGUAUUUAUUGGCCCAUUCUACACCAUCCCGAUGAACAUCCAUCGACUCAAGCUCUUCCCUACUUUGUCCAGGAGAUGAUGAUCGAGUUUUUUUUUUCCGACGACUCUUUAGCACG